AAUCUGUGGACCUAGUUCACUCAGUCACUGACGUAUUGAAUGUUUAUUAUUGUGAUCGUAAAUUACACAUUGUUUUACUCAUUUAUAUGAAAGCAAAACCUAUGGAUAGUAUUUAAGUCAUAAAAGUACAAGAAAUUCAUGAACAAUAAUCAUGUGGACUACAAAAACCUUCUUGACGAAAACAAAGCGCGGUAACAUUAUAAAAAUUGUGAGGGAACAUUACUUACGCGAUGAUCUACUGUGUGGGUCUGCCGCUUGUAACACUUGCCCCCAUAGAGACGACGAGUUAGUUUUGGAUAGCGAUCCGGAGUCUAUAUGUGCUCUAUUUGACUAUCCACAUUAUUUAAUUCUCGACACUAAUGUUGUGCUGCAUCAAAUCGAUGUUCUGGAAGAAGAUGCAUUGAAAAACGUGAUUAUUUUACAAACUGUGCUUGAAGAAGUUAAGCAUCAAAACACAGCUGUAUUUCAAAGGCUUUUAGAAGUUAUUGGCAACAAGAAAAGGAAAUUCUUUUCAUUUGUCAAUGAACAUCACAAGGACACUUAUGUUGAAAGAAACCCAGGUGAAAAGCCAAAUGACCGCAAUGACAGAGCUAUACGUAGAGCAUCAGCCUGGUACGAAUCUCAUCUGAGUAUCAACAGUGCAGUGGGCAAGUUCCCUAAGAUUGUGUUGCUUACGGAUGACGAAAUUAACCGCAAACUUGCACAAGAAGAGGGCAUUGUUUGUUGCACUGUCAAAGAUUAUGUGGAAAACAUAACCAGUGCUAUUGGACUCGUUGACAAAUUAUCCAAGAAUGUGAUACCGGAGACCUGUGCUAAGGAUGCGUUGUACCCGGCACAUCUCACACCAGCUCAGAUACAUGCUGGUGUUAGAAAUGGAAAGCUGCACCAGGGAACAUUCCGUGCUUCCCGGUAUAACUACCUUGAGGGUACUGCAGUUGUUAACGGGUAUGAGAAACCUAUUCUCUUACAAGGACAUAUAGGCAUAAACAGAGCUGUAGAUGGUGACUCAGUAGCCAUAGAAAUAUUCCCUGAAGAAGAAUGGAGAAGGCCAAGUGACAUAGUUCUGGAAGACAAAGCUGAUGAUCCUGGGGACCUUCUAGAAGAAGAGGCCGAACUGCUUAAGACUGUUAAGCCAGUUGAUAAGAGUGAUGAUGAAAUAACACCCACUGGUAAAGUUGUUGGGAUCAUACGGAGAAAAUGGCGGCAGUAUUGUGGUGUAUUAAUGCCGAGCACCUUCCCAGGCGCGACCCGCCACCUGUUCACUCCGGCGGAGAAGUGCAUCCCGCGCGUGCGGCUCGAGACCCGCCAGAGCCACGUGCUCGCCUCGCAGCGGAUACUCGUCGCGCUCGACUCCUGGCCAAGGAACAGCAGAUACCCGCUCGGACACUUCGUCAGGGCCCUCGGACCUAUUGGUGACAAGGACGCAGAGAAUGAGGUGAUUUUGUUGGAGCACGACGUACCUCACGCCCGAUUCAGCGAGGCCGUGCUGGCGUGCUUACCACCCGAUGACUGGACCAUUCCCGAGGAGGAAAUAAAAAAACGCGUCGACCUGCGCUCAGAGUGUAUUUGUUCUGUUGACCCGCCCGGGUGUACAGACAUUGAUGACGCUCUACACGCCAAGCCCAUUCCUGGGCAAACAGCUGACGGCCUGGACAAGUACGAGGUUGGCGUCCAUAUUGCUGACGUCACGUACUUCGUGAGGCCUAACACUGCGCUUGAUAAGGAGGCUGCGAGUAGAUCUACUACCGUGUAUCUAGUUGAUAGAAGAAUUGAUAUGGUGCCAGAAUUGCUCAGUUCUAAUUUAUGUUCGCUGCGCGGCGGUGAGGAGCGCUUAGCGUUCUCCUGCGUUUGGGAAAUAGAUGAGAAUGCCAACGUUUUGAGCACAAAGUUCCACAAGAGUGUCAUUAAAUCUGCAUCAGCGAUGACAUACGAAGAGGCUCAGAUUGCGAUCGAUGACAAAUCUCGUAAAGAUAAAAUAGUUUCAUCACUUCGCAUUCUCAAUGCCUUAGCCAAGAAACUCAAGAAGAAACGUCUGGAUAAUGGAGCAUUGCUACUUGCGUCCCCCGAAAUCAGAUUUCAGGUGGACUCGGAAACCCACGAUCCCGUGGAGGUCGAAGCUAAGAAGAUAAUGGACACAAACUCCAUGGUGGAAGAGUUCAUGUUGUUGGCGAACAUUAGUGUGGCGCAACAGUUGGCCGCGGACUUCCCGCAGUGCGCGCUCUUACGUAGACACCCAGCCCCGCCGCCCGCUAACUUCGCGUCCUUCCUUAAGGCUGCUAAGCAACAGGGUUUCGAAUUAGACGUAUCGACGAACAAAUCGUUCUCAGCAUCUUUGGACAAAGCGGUGAUCCCUGGGCGUCCGUUCUUCAACACGUUACUGCGUAUAAUGGCGACGCGUUGCAUGCAGCAAGCUCAGUACUUCUCGAGUGGAACGAAGUCAUUUGAAGAGUAUUAUCACUACGGUCUCGCCUGCCCUAUAUACACGCAUUUUACCUCGCCUAUUAGACGUUACGCAGACGUGAUAGUCCACCGCCUGCUAGCGGCCUGCACGGGCAGCGACGCGACGCACGCCGAGCUGCUGGACACGCGCGCGGCCGCCGCGCUCUGCGACAACCUCAACUACAGGCAUCGCCAGGCGCAGUACGCGGGCAGGGCCUCCGUAGCACUCAACACACAUAUCCUGUUCAACGAGCGCGUUGAGAUAGACUCGGCGGUGGUGUUGUCCGUCAAACGUAACGCGCUACAAGUGCUCAUACCGAAGUACGGACUUGAAGGCCCGCUGUACCUACCCUCGGAUAAGUUUAAUUAUAAUGAAGAGGAACACACCCAAACAUGCGAUGACGUAGUUCUGAAGACAUUUGAUGAGCUAACUGUCCGACUCAGUCUAGACAGCACAAACCUGCAACACAGGAAACUAGCCAUCCAACUAGUCAAGCCUCACAUACCAGGGUUCAGUUACGAAGGUCAAGAACAGGCGGAAACUAUGGAAGUCAUAGAGAUUGAUGAUGAUGAUGUGCCAGAAGUCAAGGACGCCAAGAAGAGAAAAGAAAAGACAGUCAAUAAAGGCAAUAAGAAGAAAUCUAGGAAGUAGGGUAGUACCAAUGUAUAAAUAAAUGUUUUUUUUAAUAUAUUUUA